UCCAGUGCUGGAGUAAACAGUUUGGCACCGCGUGUGAGCUGCUUGAUGUUCGUGCAAUUCUUCGUGCUGAAAAGUGCUAAGUGAAUUUUGUCAUGUGCGCGUAAAUUGUAUACCAAGUUUGCAAAACAUCUGUUUCGGAACCAGUUGAAUCUGUCGGCAAAGCCUACCUACAGUUUGGGGGCACUAGAAGCGUAGACCAUAGAAUAGGACGUGGACCACGGCCUCAGAAGUGAUUAGUCAACGACCGCACUUGGAUCAAGCGAGCUUUUAUUCGUGCGCCAAAACUAGCACAGUUGCGCGUGAAAACAUCAACAACAGUCGAUGCGUGUGAAAGUGUGCAGAACAAGCGACGUAUCUGAGAACUCACCGCCGCCCGUUUCUGUGUGUAAUCGACGCUUUGGAAGUCCCACGAUAAUUCAAUUGUGAAUUGAACAAAUCUCGCAAAGUUUGUCUUGGAACCGGUUAGAUUUUAAUUACCGAGCAGUUCUAGCAGACUAGCGGAGAAGUGUACGGGUGUGAACUGAACUAGAAUUGAAGUCUGUUGUUUGGCGUCUGUUCGAUUGAGCAGUACGAAACAGUACCGAACGCCGCACAAGUCUGCACAGUAGGCGCUACAGAACGAAAGCAAUCCAGUUCUUGGCCGGCAGAGUUUGAUUUAGUGUACGAAUAAUACUAGCAAUAGCAACAGGAAUCAAGGACUGCGCGAUCAUGACCAACAAGCUUUCGGUACUCGUACUUCUGCUGUCAACGGUUUGCUCCAGCCCAGCUCUGGGCGGCUUGCUACGAUCACCGAAGGUUUACAAUGCUGUGAUAACGACCGACGAGAAUUUGACCCCGAGCCGUGCCUAUCCUGUAGUUCAACCGGUGGUCCAUGAGACGGGCUUAACCUAUCCGUUCGGUGCAUUCGGUCCCUUCGGUCUGUACAAUGCGUUCAAUGGCUACCCUGGAUUGUAUCAGCCUCAACAAACCGCGGGAACUAGUUCCGCACAAGUUCAGGGAAGAAAUGCAUACUACAUCAACCGGGAACCGGAACCUCAACUUCAAGACACACCAAUCGAAACAAUUCCCGGUGCCAAACCGUAUCCGGAGACCAACCUUCCGCUGCGAGAAGCUCCAGUGCCGGAAAUCAUUCCUGAACCAAACAACAACAUCGCACCGAAAGCCCCGGAAGGCCCUCGGCCAAAUUACGAAGCCCGUCCAGCAGAUGCGAAAAAUAAUCCAUUGCAGUUGAAUGAGUACGGUUACCCACCCAGUUUGAUUCCCCUGUCGGUUUACAACGGCAACGGACAAAAUGCACCUGCCUACAACAACCUGCAAGGUUAUCCGUACAAUUUCCCGGUGCUGUAUGACUCCUUUGGAAACUACAAUCCCUCGCAGUACCAAUCUGUACUACCGCCUUUUGGUUAUUUUCCUCAGUUGGCACAACCGAACCCUUACUUCGCACAAAACCUCGGACCAAACGGUCCGAUAGAUAACUCAGUUGAUCCGGCUCAGUUCAACCGAAAUGGCCGCGAACAAGAACUGCAAGCGCAAGCUAAGGAAAACAUUCAAAAUCCUACCGGAGCACCGAUUGGACCACCGGGGAUUCCGCCUGUUGCUCCAGUCCUGAUCGAAAAACCAGACGAUGCUGCUGUCAUAGACGAUAGUAAACCGGAAGUACCACCCCCGGUGGAAGCAAUUGCCGAUAGCAUAAAGAAUAAUGCGAAUAAGAACAAAGAUAUUCCGGACGUACCUCCGCCACCGAUUCCAUCCGGUGCUAAGGAGGCCGAACAGCUUUAAACAGAAAGCUGACCAUGAAUCUUCGUGCACGCGUUUUACAUUUGUAGGAUACUCAUUGUUCAUCGAUCGAAUUUUUUAAUAAAUUUUUUUAAUAGGACCAGAA